AAAAACGAAUAUUAGAUAUUAGAAUUCGUUUUUCCGGCAUGGCCCGCUCAGAAUUACUUAACAACAAUGAGAAUAUUAUUCUUUUUAUGGAUGCAGUCGCUCAGAUCUACAUUAGAUUCAACCGAGUCACUGCCACUAUCAUCCACUGAGCUUUUUUGUCAUUGUUUUAUUUUAUUUUUGUUUUUAUUUUUAUUUAUUUAUUCUGACAAAAAAUUUCUAUAUGUGAACGUGGGUGCAAAUGGUGUCCAGUCCGAUAGUGCAGUAUUAAAAUCAAGUAAAUUUUAUCAUUUGUUAAAAACAAAUCAAUUAAAUCUUUCAGAAGAUCUCAUUACAAUUCCUGAAUCGAAUAAUACAAAUUCAACAACAACUAUUCCUUAUGUAUUUUUGGCUGAUGGUGGUUUUCAACUUGAAUCUAAGAUAAUGACACCAUAUCGUAAAUCCAACACGCCAGCUCGUGUUCGUUUUAAUAAAAUUCUCUCUCAUUCGCGAGUGAAUGUGGAAAACACAUUUGGAGAACUUGACGUAAAAACAACAACGCAAGUUGUAAAAACUAUGUGUUUGCUGCACAAUUUUUUAAAAGAUGAAGAAACUACUACAAGAAUCCAAUUAAAUCCAUCGAAUAUUGUGACAAAUACAAAUCAAACAGAAAACAGAACGCCAAAACAAAUUCGAAAUGAUCUUUGCUCAUUAAUUGAAACAUUAACUGAAUGAUAUGUUUAUUUUAGAAAAUUUGUAAAUUUAUAACGAAUGAAAUGUAGAAAAGUAUUAUG